UUUACAAUAACCCUAGCUUGAAACAGAUGAGGGCUCGCUCUCCCUUCUAUCCCUGAUCUCCCUCGUCUCUCUCCAUAGCUACCUCUUCAACCUCCACCGUCGCUUCCUCUUCAACCUUUAACCAUCCCUUGUUCUAGGUUGCACUCACCUCAGAUCUCUGAUCUCAGAUCUCAGAUCUCAACCUUUCAACCUUUCACCCUCCCUUCUUUCGGAUCUCAGAUCUGCCGUCGAUGCUGCUCAUUGCCACUGGUCUACUACACUCCUUCACGCCGCCGACGGCUCUUUCUCGCCGUUGCUACUCAGCUUCUUUGAGGGGAUAUUUGAAUUGGGAUUUAUGUUGCAGACCUAAAAUUAUUUGUCGCCUUCCCCCAAAAAUUGUUGGGAUAAGGUUUUGUGUGUCAGUAUAUAGAAGCGAUCCGUCCUCUCUGCAUCUGUUAUUAUAUUUUGAGCCAUUAAGUAUUGCUUUUGAGACCCUACAGGCCAUUUUAGUGCAUGGAUUUCAGUUCCUUGACAUAUGGCUUCCUCAUUCAGCUUGCAACAGUAGUGAUUGCCAAAUGCCUAAACUGUUUAAUACACUAACAGCAGAAGGAAACGCCACUAGGUUUGGCCACACGAUUUGCUCACCCAGGUGGUUUUCUUCAAUUCUUGCUGCUAGCUACUUUACUUUGAAAGCUUCAAGUUUUAAUAUUUAUUGGGAAAGAAAAAAGAAGAAAAAUUAUUAUUUGAAAGAGGUGGUCUCUAAGGUUGGGCUAUUGGUGGUUUGUGCUCCAACACCAUCGGAGAAGCUUGAAUUGUGAAUUAUUGGAGCUUUGGAUUAAUUGUUGGUGAUUGGAGGCUUGGUUUGGACACAAAUUUGGUGUAUAACACAUAUUGGAAAUCGACCAAAGUGUGGUUUCGAUUUUCUCUAUGUAAUAUGUAAUAUUUCUGGACACUUAGGCUAGUGGACCUUAGGAUAGGAUUAGAUUAAUUGUUGAUAAUUGUUGAAAUGAGGUUGUUGUUUAUAAAGGGUGUUGAUUUGGAGUUAAUGUUGUAUGAUGAUGAAUUAUCGAUGUUGAGCUAUAAUUGGUGGUGGAUGACUAUUAUGAUAAUGAUGGGUGGUAAGUGAUGAAUUUAUGUAUGAGAAAUUAUUGAUGUGGAUGUUGUUGCAUAUUGUUUGAAAGAUUUAUUGUGGAAAGGAUGAAAAUGUGAAUUGUAGGUUGUGGAAUGAAUUGGAACGUAUAUGAAUAUAAAUUAGAUAAAUUAGGACUGGUUUGGAUGUAGAGCAAUUGUUUUUGAAUUGAGAGAUUUGGUGAAAUUAAGGUUUUAAGGUUUUUGGUAAAAACAGAUUUUGGGCCAAUUUUGGCAGAUCAUAUCUUGAGUAACAGUUUUUGAAAUUGAUUAAAUUUUGUAUCAAAUUAAAGAUAAUUCAAAGAGUUUUAAAAAUGUAUAGAUUUUGUAGAAAUAAGAAUUUUGUAAAAAAAGAUACGAUCGUUGGAAGUUUGUGUCAAAAAUCUUAUUUCUGUGAUGUUGCAGAAAUUGUGAGUUCUGGUUUGUGUGGGCACGCCCACUGUUGUGUGCAUGCUCUGAGCAGGGGCCAUGUUUUUACUUGUGCGUAUGCACACCCUGUAAAAUUUUGAAUACAUGUGUACGCACACCCUUGUGCGCACACACACAGAGGGAUAUGCCUACUGUUGAGAGCGUUAGCACACUCUGGUGCGCACACACACCUUGCGAAAUUUACAAGUUGUGCGUACGCACAUGCUGGGAAGUGCCUUCUGUUGAGAGCGUUUGCACAUAUUCAUGCGUGCACACAAAAUGAAAAAUUUUACCUUCUGUGCGUAUGCACACCUCUAUGCAUACACACACUUUGAGAAAACUCUUCUGAGAGUGAGUACGUACAACUCAAUGCGUACACACACUGCCCUGUUUUUUUUAAGAAAACCUUGUUUUUAACUGUUUUACCUUCCCGGCAAGCUUGUCAACUUCCGUAAAGCUUACCUAGGGUGUCUUAACUUAUUUUUAGGCUUUCAAACAUAGAGAAUACCAUAAGUAAGUUAACUAGAUCAUUUUAGGUAUAAAGUUUAGAAGACGGAGUCUUAGAAUUUGGAGUACUGAGGGUGGAUUAGUUGAGUUAAGUGGUAGAGUACUGUAAAGACGAUUGGUAUGUUGAAAUUAUGGAGUUGUAGAUUUGAUGAUGUUUGAGACAGAGUCUAGGAUUCGGAUUAGACUGAGUACUGAAAAUGAUUUCUGAAAAACCUCUGAUAUACUGUUUUAUACUGAGAUUGUUGAGACGCUAUGCGCCUGGCAAAGACGGCUGGUUAAUCCCGCUUGUCGAGGUCACGGCCGUGGCGUAAGGACGGUUGGUUUAUCCUGCUUACGUUAAAAUGUGAGGUCUGUGGCAGCGUAUCCCGCUCACAUCCUUUCGGAUCACAGGAGUGUGCCCGGCACUAUAGCUAUGGGGGUUCCUGUAUCUAUAUUUGUGGUCGAAAGGCGACAUCUCCAUGGGGAUGUGUCGGGUUGGCAGUUGAACCGACGAUGUGAUAUCAAAGUCAAAUAGGACAGGCAUUCAUCACAUGCAUAUUUUAUCUGUUUGCUUACUUUGUCGACUUGCAUUGUUUGCCUAAUUGUAUAACAUGAUUAUUUGCUUCUUGAAGUUCUUGAUAUACAUGUUUAUACUUGUACUUUACUUGCAUUGCUAUUACUUGUGUUUUUUGCUGGGAUUGAGGAGGUUCGGAAGGCGCUGGCAAUGGGAUCGCAUGGAGGUUAGGCUGGCGAAGGCUGUGGGACAUCGGUGUAAAUGUUAGAGUAGAAAAUCCCUAAGUUAGAUUUCCUUAUUUCAUUAUGGUUUUAAAAUGAUGGAUUCAAAUUUAGUUAUGCUUUAAGUUGAAUUAUGGUUGAUAUGAAGCUCUAGAAUGGCCUCUGGCAUCCCGAAGUCUUACAUCUUACAUUAUUGGACACUAUUACCAUACUGAGAACCUCCGAUUCUCAUUCCA